UGUUGUUCUAGUUUUUUACGCUCCGCGGCGGGUGGAUCGGUGCUUGGGCGAAGGGAGCUCCCGGCGUCGGGAGAAGGCAGGAAGGUUGCGGGCUCCUCGCGCCGCGACCUGGCGAGAUCCGACGCCAUGGCGGCCGCCUUGGGAGGAGCGGGAGCAGAGGAUGACUUCGAUUGUCAUAAACCUGGUGCAGAAAGAUCUUGGAGAAGGAGAACUGGAGAUGAUGAUUGGGAUAGUGAAUUGGAUGAUGACUUACUAGGAGAAGAUUUGUUGACUGGCAAAAAGACCCAGUCUGAUAUGUCAGAUGAAGAACUGAAUGAUGAUCUCCUGCAGAGUGAUAACGAAGAUGAUCAGCAUUACAGUUCUCAAAAUGUCACUGUGAGUCUUAAUGCUGAACCUACCGUGGUGACAACCUUUGAGCUCACUGAGAAUGCUAACGACGCAUCUAUUGAACAAGACUUAGAGUAUGAACAAGGGGAAGAUGAAAUUGGUUAUGACAAACCAGAGGUUCCUGAAGAGUAUUCUGAGGAGUAUCCCGAAGAACAGUAUGAAGGCCAAGAGGCUGAGUUGCCAGAAGACCAAAUAGAAUAUGUGGAAGAUCAGGGUGAAGAAGAGAAUUAUAAUGAUGAAGUGCUGGAUCUUGAAAUCAAUGAACCUCUAGAUGAAUUCCCGGAUGAAGAUUAUGUACAAUCUUAUAGUGGAGAACAAGUAAUUGAACAACAAGACUAUGUAGCUGAAGAAGAGUUAGAAGAGGUUGUUGAUACCCAGACACCUCCAAAUGAGUCAGAAGAGGUGAUUAUUGAAAAUCUGGAGUUUCAACAAGAACCCAAAGAAGAAUCAGAUGAAGAGGAGGAAGAUAAUGAAGAAUCUGGUCGGUUACGGUUCAAAACUGAACGGAAAGAAGGAACAAUUAUUAGGCUAUCGGAUAUAACAAGGGAGCGAAGAAACAUUCCAGAAACUUUGGAACUUUCUGCAGAAGCCAAAGCAGCAUUACUUGAAUUUGAAGAACGGGAAAGACAGCUAAAACAAGGGCGGUAUGGGUCCCGAAGAGGAGGAAGGCGAGGAGGGUUAUUGAUGUGUCAUGGGCUGGGAGAUCUAAGAAGAGACAUCAAUGAAAGAGGAAGAAUGAAGGAUCACCGGCCUGGUUUAUUGCCAACCCAGACAGCUGUGAUGACACAUUCAGACAGGAUAUUUCAUCAUCCCAUGCGGAAUCUUUUCCAGCAGCAGCAACAAUCACAGCAACAGCUACAGGGUCUGCUCCCUCUCCCCACUCCGCUUCGCACGCCGCCCCCUCCCCCUCCAGGAAUGCAUAUGCCAUCCCAAGUAGACAACCCAAGAUUACUGAUGACUUCUCCUUCAGUGGCAUCCCAACAGCCAAAAAACAUACAUAUAAACCCACACUUCAAAGGAGCUGUAGUAACACCUGUUCAAGUGCCCUUGCUGCCAGUCCCAACCCAGCCAAGACCUGCUUUAGGACCCCAGAGAUUUCCUGGCCCUCCAGAUUUUCAACCAAAUGCUCCUGGACCCGUUCCUAGUAAUUUCAACCAAGCCCCACGACUUUCUCUCCAAGAUCAGUGGCGAGGACCUCCACCCCCUCUUCCGCCCCCACCUCCACAGGAGAGAGAACCUUUCUUCAUGGGAGAGCCGAGAUUUCCCGGCCAUCACUUGUUUGAACAGCGGAGCCCGCCGCCACCACCGCCCCCCCUUCUUAACAGCACACACUCUGUGCCUAGCCAAAAUCAGCUCCCAUUCAGUCCAUCUGGGCCUGGUUUCAGCCAGCAAGGGCAGCAACCCCUGUUUCCAAGAGAAAGGCUGGUAAGACCCAGUCUGCAACCUCAGGGUCCAGUGGGAAUCCUUCACUUCGGCCAGCCUGGAGCAGCCAACGCACGGCCUUUUCUUCCCCCACGGCAGUCCUUUCUGCAGCUCCCAGGACAGCCUUUCCUCAACCCCCUCACCCAGGCCGGCAUGCAGGUAUGUAACGAUUAGGAAAACUCUUCUCAUCACUGUUGAGUCUCAUCUCCACGAC